AUGGUUCGAACGUUUUUCUGGACUGCUAGAUUAGCGGCGGUGCUAUCAGCUUGCCUGUUGGUGUCUGCGCAAACCGACGAACUAGACCUCUCUGCGCCGAUCGAGGAACUGGAACUCUCCGCGACAACCGACAGCGUCUCGACACAGAGUGUUUCAUCCAAAGGUUGCUCUGCCCUCUCGAGCGCAGGUCUUCGUUCUUUGCUGCUCUAUCCCUCCGACCCCGCCUAUGCCUCACGCGAGGCGUCUUACUGGUCACCAAUCGCCGCGUUGGGACCACAAUGUAUUGUUCAGCCACGAAGCACGGCCGACGUCUCCAAAGUGGUAAAAACCUUGGCCAGGGCAAAGGCCAAGUUCGCAGUUCGAAGUGGCGGGCAUGUUCUGUGGGCUGGCGGAAGCGACAUCAAAGACGGCGUGACAAUUGACUUGGGCCUCAUGACAGCUGUGACUUACAAUUCUCAGACCAAGAUCGCUUCCAUUCAACCUGGUCCAAGAUGGGGAGACGUCUAUAACACUCUCGCACCACUUGGCGUCACCGUUACUGGCGGCCGUGAUGCUGGUGUUGGGAUCGGAGGGUUCUUGACUGGUGGUGGCCUCUCAUUUCUGUCAGGCCGGAAUGGAUUGGCUUGCGACCAGGUGGUCAGGUUCGAAGUUGUCCUUGCCGAUGGACGGAUUGUCCACGCUGAUCGUACUUCGAAUCGGGAUCUCUGGAAGGCGUUGAAAGGAGGCUGGGCGAAUUAUGGCAUCGUUACCCGGUUUGACGUUACAAGUACGCCUCUUACGACUGCCUGGGGAGGCUUCAACCUUCAUGACAAGUCGGUCGGCCCUCAAGUCACAACGGCUCUAGUCAACUUCAUCAACAAUCUUCGCCAAAAUCCGGACAACGCCCAUCUUGCCCUAGCAGCUUACAACUCCUUUAUCCCGGGGGAAACUUCAAUCGGGACCUUUGCCAUAAAUACGCUCGGGGUGGAGAAUGCGACUGCUCUCAGGGAGAUUCUCCAGGUGCCCACUAUCGCGCGGGACCUGGAUUUCCUUACCCUCGGCGAGCUCGGAGAGAAAUUUAAGGAUCCAAGUGAUGAUCUCGUCAUCUGGCACACCCUCACCUUCAACAACGACGUCAAUAUCGCAAACAAAGCACUCGCGCUGCACGAUGAACUGGUCGCAAGGUUAAAAUCCACCCUUGGUGCCGAUAAAUUCAACUCUCAAUGUGUUUUACAGCCCUUGCCCUCGCUCUUUGCCGAGAUCGGCGCCAGACAAGGCGGCAACGUACUCGGCCUGGACUCGGUGAACAGGAACUCGAUUCUAUGGAUCGGCAGUGUCGGCUUCCAGAACGCAGCAUAUCAACAGGCUGCCCACGAUGCGGUCUCAGCGUACGCACGUGCCCUCGAGUCAUACGCGCAAUCAAGGAAUGGCAACGUGGCAUUCAGGUACAUCAACUAUGCCGACAAGGACCAGAAUCCUCUGAAGUCGUACGGGACGACCAAUGUCAAUUUCAUCAAGAGAGUGGCAGCCAAGUAUGAUCCGACUGGCGUGUUCCAGAAGCAGGUACCUGGGAGCUUCAAGGUCUCGGCAAUAUAA